AUUCCCUGCUACCCUCCUGCAUCAGCCUCCCCAGAGUUGGGAUUACAGACAUGCACCACCAUGCCCAGCUUAUUUUUUAUUUUGAGACAGGUUCUCAGAUCACUAAGUUGCCUGGGCUGGAGUAGAAUAUGCAGUCCUGCCAUAGCCUCCUAGAAUGCUGGAAUUACAGGUGUACACCCCUGGACCCCAAGGCUUCUUUUUAAACAUUUGUGUGAACAGUGGCAGCCUGAUGCCCUUUUUACCCUGCUGCAAUCCAGACAGUAUUAAAUGAACGUGCCACUGGGGUGUUGUCAGCACAGAGGUUCCGGGAUUUGGCUCAACCUGGAGAGACUGGGGAGAGAUGCAGCCAGGCUGUAACCUGGAGAGGGACUAGGGCAUCUGUAUCCCUUGGUGCCCUGCAGUGGAUUAGGGUGGGGCUGCUUUGGAGCCACAGUUCUGCUGGGAGCUGAGCCUUUGUGGAUUCACGUUAUGGAAGUGAGGUGGGCGGGGGAAACAGGAGUGGUCAUGCACCAUAAAUGCAGAGCUGACUCUGGCCCAGGGUGCCCCAGUCCUAUCACCUCCGAGGCACUACAGCCGUCGCCUGGGCCCAGAUGGCAGAUGCAGCUGUUCUGUUCACGUACCAUUGGAGCCAGACCCAUCUGCCCAUCAGGCGUCACAUGUAUUCCUACAAGGAGGGAGGCAUGCUGGACCACUUCUCCAGGACCCUCCAAGGCGAGCCCUCUGAGCUGAGCCUCCUGAUCCCCCAAACCAUUGUCCACCUCCCACUCACCGAGCUGUGGUCUCAGGCUGCAGAUCUGUGAAAUGCAGACAAACCACCAGCCACAGAGACUUGGGGAGGUUGUGGGAUUCAGGACUGAAGGCACCUGUCAAGCAAGUGGGUACCCAGACAGUCACAUGAAACUUUUCCUAUGUGUUGGGUGGGAGUUCCUGGAGCCAAGUUUCUUCCCCAAGCCCACCUGACCCCUCAGACUGAAUCCAGUGCCCAGUCCUGUCUAACCAGCUAGCCUUUUCCCUACAUGGUGCUCCUUGCCACUUGUUUGCUUGGGCCCCUGUUGUCCCUUGGCUGCACUCUCGAUUCUACUCCAACACCCAGAACUGGUCAGUGUCUCCAGUCUGGGCUCCCUCCUUCCAAAUCUUCGCUCUUGAGUUGCCCUUUCCUCAGCCCAAGGUCAUAUUGGGCUGGUCUCUGAACCCUGAAUAAGCUGGGACUGUAGAAGUGUCCCUGGGCCUUGAUGUCAGGAGGUCAGACCAAACAUCAUAUUUGGCUCCAACCCACUGAAACCACAAGGUGUUUAAAACAAAUGCAGAGUGUUCUCCACAUCCAAGAUGCAUGGGUCACUGUUGCAAGAGAAGCACUGGAUUUUGCAUAAGUUGCUGCAGAAUGGGAAUUCACCAGCUGAAGUAGCCAAGAUUACUGCAGAAGCCACUGAAAAAGACACCAGCAGUACAAUUGGUUGUGGUGAGGGAACUGUCAAGAAAGAGCAGCUGAGUCCUAAGAAGAAGGAUAAUAAUGCACUUCUUAGAUGCUUGCUGGACAGGGAUGUCCCAGUGAUACACUCUGUAAAGAAUUACAGCCCCGAGUUGAAGGGAUGGAUAAUAAAACGAGUCAGUGCAGUGGCUCCACCGUUCCCACCUCAAAUCAAGAGACCCUAAAAUUAAGAUGGAAACAAGUGAAGAGGGAUCUGGAGACUUGGAUAGUCUAGAUGCUAUUCUUGGUGAUCUGAAUAGAUCUGGCUUUUACAAUAAUCCCAUAUCAACAAAUGGUAGUCAUCUGGGGAGCAAGCAACAUGUUUCAAGGAGCUAAUUCUCUGGGUUUAAGAAGUCUACAAUCUGUGCAGUCCAUUCCUCCAUAUAGCCGAGUGGUGUAAAGAAACCCACACACAAAUACAGAAAUAUGUGAAUGGGGAAAGGAGUUGAUAGCAAUGGCGUUCUACACGUGGAUAGAGGAGAUGUCACUAAUUAAGGGAAAGCCGAACACUGAGUUGGCAAUGGGGAAAACAGAGAGGCCCAACCAGGCUUAUCCUGUAGCACAGCAGCAGACUUGGAAACCAGCAGCCCAGGGAGGGGAGGCCUAUACCAGACUGCCUGGGGAAGAGCUCUCUGAGAGCCAUUAGAGCCCCACGCACCCUCCCCACCUGCGGUGAGAGAGUUGUUUCCAGAGAACCUGCAUAGUCCCCCACAAACCUCCAUGCUUCCAAAAUAGCCCAACCCAAGGGAGCUGCCAGAAACCUCAGUUGAUGCGCUCUACCACGCAACUGCUCAGAGUCUCCAGUCAGUGGUAGGACUACUGCUCUUCAUCCAGAGCUGGUAGCUGGGAUUCCAGGUUAACAGAAGAAACCAAAACACAAAAUGUAGUCUGGGGUUGAAUGAAUAAGUCAUGGUGCAGCCACUUGAUGUGGAAGCAAAACUGACCCAGUUAUAUGGUUAGAUUUUUUUUUUUUUGGUAUCAAGGAUCGAAUUCAGGACCUUGCUCUUGAGAGGCAGGUAGCAGAACCACUGAGCUAAAUCCUCAGCCCAACGGUUUGAUUUUUUAAAAAACAGAAACAGUGCCUAUUGAGAGAAACAUCACUUUGACUACUUCUGGUUCCCAAAGGGAAGGCUGAGCACAUCCCAUGAACUUGAACAGAAAUCUCCAGCCUCCAUUUGCAGGGCUAUUAUUUGAAGAUGAGUGAGACAGUGAUCACAUGGUUACCUCCUCAGUAAAUGGUUGCGCACCAGACUGCCUGUGUCCUCCGAAGGCUGCAGGGCGCUUAACAAAGGUCGAAUGAUCUCCCACCCCCACAAAUCCCGCCUGCCCUCUACCCAGGACUGCCUGCAGCGGAAUUUCAAGUGAAUCUUUUACUCAGAGGCCAGAGCCACUUCUUCCGGCCUCCUCAGGGUCGGGGAGACUCUCCCAUCGGUAUGGAAACAGCAAGAGGCCCUUGGAAGGGCUGUAGUUGUUACUGGGUGACAGCUGGACGCGAACGAAGCCUUGGAAAGAGUGCUCGGGCAGGUGCUGGGACGGGAUAUUCGCUCUGAUUGGCCGAGAGAUACCAGCACCCUCCAAUAGAAAUUUGGUCCGCUAAGCACAUGCGCAGGUAUUCGAGGCUCCGUCGGUUGACAGUGGGAGAGUUUUGGGGUUCGUAUGCAAAGAAAGUGUGGCUGCUACACAAGGGAAGGAGCUCCCUAAACUGCAGCACUGCGGAUUCCUCAAGAGCAACGGAGCGUCUCAGUCCAGAGAAGCCUCUGAUAAUGUUCCCCUGUUCUUGCUUGCUGAGGCUUAUGGGAAAUGUAGUCCAAGGAGGGCGGCGAUGUCCACGGAACAGGCCUGGGAUUGGCCAGGGUAGCGUCGCCAGGGCAACGAGCGGAGGGACCGUUCCGAGUGACGCCACUUCCCGGAAGUGGACUCCCAGCACUGGCGCGGAGGCUGAGGUUCCUCUUGGCAGUUCCAAGAAGACACAGAAAAGAAUGCCAUCCCCUCUCGGUCCCUCAUACCUGCCCCUGGGGGACUCCGAGACCAACCUCAAGGGACCUGAAGGUGCCCGGCUUCGUUUCCGGGGAUUCUGCUACAAGGAGGUGGCAGGGCCACGGGAAGCGCUGGCCCAGCUCCGAGAGCUGUGCCACCAGUGGUUGCGGCCUGAGUCCUGCUCCAAGGAGGAGAUCCUAGAGCUGCUGGUGCUGGAGCAGUUCCUGGGCACACUGCCCCUUGAGAUCCAGGCCUGGGUACGAAGGCAGCAGCCAGGCUGCCCUGAGGAGGCUGCUGCCCUGGUAGAGGGGCUGCAGCAGGACCCUGGACAGUUGCUAGGCUGGAUCACAGCCCACAUCCUGAAGCCAGAGGUGCUGCCUGCAUCCCAGAAGACAGAGGAAUCCUCAGGGAGCCCUCAGCCCUCAGCAACAGUGGAUCCCUGUGGAGCAGCCCCAGGGGAGGGCCCACAGGAUGCCAGGAUGGAAGGGUCGGCCCAGCUCAGUUGCAGUGUGAAGGAGGAGCCCAGUGUGGAUGGCCAGGAGAUGGCACCUCUCAGCCCCUUACUUCCGGCCCCAUCACCUGAGAGUCAUCUGGAGCACCAAGAACCAGCCUCUACAUCCUUCCAACUACCCAGGAAUCAGGUCCGGGGGCAGAGGGACAGCCUGCUGUCUCCAGCGCUGGAAGGGACUUGUAACCUAGGCCGUGGAAAUCUUGUUUGUGUGGCUUCCUCAUCUCCAGAGAAGUCCCGGAGAGUACCAGUCACCUACUCACAAGCCCCAAGGUGUCCCACUGCACCUAUCCCGGGUCCUCCUGGACCUGCCACCCCAACAAGGGAUCCCCGUGUCCAGAAACAAGGCCGACCCAUUACAGUGGCCUCCCCACAGGAGCGGUGGGUGCUGCUGGACCGGUCGCAGAAGGAGCUCUACUGGGAUGCGAUGCUGCAGAAGUACGGUUCUGCGGUGUCCCUGGGCGCUCGCACGCUCGUGCCCCGGAGCCCGUGCCACCACCCUGUGCGCCCCGCAGCACCCCACGCCGUGCACCAGGUCACGUGUGCCAGGACUGUGGCCACAGCUUCAGCUGGAAGUCGCAGCUGGUCAUCCACCGCAAGGCCCACGCUGGCCAGCGGCGUCAUGCCUGCGGGGACUGUGGCCGUGCCUUCGACUGGAAGUCGCAGCUGGUCAUCCACCGAAAAAGCCACCAGCCGGAGGCACUGUGAGGAGGAGCCAGCCCAGGAUGGAGGCCAGGUCCGCUGCGACAGCCACUGUGCAACCUCAGUGACCACCCAGCCCACGCUCCUCACACAGGAUGCAACGCGCGCUGACCGCACUCCUCCCUCCAGGGCCUCACUGCCGGCAGUGGACACUCAGGAACUGGCGUGUACCCCGUGCAGCGGCAGGGCCCCAAGUCUGCCUGUGGAAGGUGACAAGAGGCCCAGGAAAGCACAGCUGGCUUCUCUUCCGAGUGACCUUCUUGUGACCUGUCCUUUUGUGGUGCUUGAUGACCCGAGGAGAGGAAUUGGCCUGGACCAGCUCACAAAUGGCAAGAGAGUGUGCACGAGCCAGGAGGUUGUUGCACAGUGAAAAGGUGUAUUGUGAAGUAGCACAAGGUAGCAGCAAGCCGGGACGCCAGCCUGGGCGGCGCAGCCACUGUUCCUUUGUUCUGGUUUCUCGUAUUUUACCAUACUUACUGUAGUAGGGUAUUCCACACCUGCUCCUGCACAUUUAUGCUUUCCUCUUGCCUUACGUUUAAGUUUGAAUUGUGCAUGCGUUUCCUGUCAUCUGUCAGUAAUUAAUGAGGGGUGGCACAUAUGUAUGAAGCCUUAAGCAUAUGAUAACGAGAAUAGGUCAACUCUGGGACACCCAGGGCAAUGAAUGUGCUUGUCCCAUUGGGUGGAGAGCCCUUAGCGCUCCUUCCUGGUUAGUUUGUGGUCCCCCUCCACUUAGGGUUCCCUUUCAGUUGACUGAGGCCCUCUCAUACUUGGCCCACUUCCCAUUAUCAAAAAGAGCUGGCACAGGCCUGGGGAUUUAGCUCAGUGGUUUCGCCGCCUGCUGUGCAAGCGCACGGACCUGAGUUUGAUCCCUGGUACCAAAAAAAAAAUUAAAAGAAUAUAAAAAGA